AUGGAAGUACCUGCCAUUUACGCAAUUGCUGCGGGCGGUAUAUUUCUGGCUCUAUUUCUGAUCCAGACUCGUCAUGUCCUAUUUCACUGGACAGAAUCAAUUUCUGUUUUGCUUUCCGGAUAUCUGACCCUUCCUGACCUCGUUCGCAGGCACCGUAUCCUUGGACCAUGGUCCCGAGCUGGUGUCCUCCUUCAUGUCUCUUAUAUCGCCGUCAACAUCGCUCUGGUAUUUUUCCGUACCGAGUCGCUCGUAGACUCGGGCCGCAGGGCAAGUGAGCUGGCCCUCAUCAACAUCGUAUUUCCUCUAUCAGCUGCCCAUCUUAGUUUUCUGGCAGGGUUACUUGGAAUCUCCUGGCGCUCUUGCUGCAAGAUUCAUCGAGCAACGGGCUGGAUGGCUGUUGCUCUGCUGUCAUUUCACAUCAUCGCCGAACUUCUAGGCCAAACGUUAAAUUUUCCUCUCCGUGAGACACGAAAUCUGCUCACUGUGAUCGGUGCAUCUGUACUCGGAAUCCUAGCUUUCUUCUCUAUUCCAUACUUUCGUCGUUGGUCCUACGAAAUUUUUCUUCGAAGCCAUCAGAUAUUUGCCGGAGUUUUUGUUUAUGGUACCUUGCAGCAUCUUCCGAGCCAUAGCGGCUCGGCAAGACUGUACGUCUAUGUUACACUAAGCAUCUUAGGGCUAACGACACUUCUGGAAUUGGUGAUUAUUUUAUACCGCAACGGGAUCUUUUCUGGCCGGGGUGCUCCUCGAGCCUUUAUAUCCUUCUCAAGCAGAAACAUACGAAGGGAGAGCUUUUGUAACACAACAGCUGCAAAUAUUCAAAUUAUUUUACCACGCCCAGUGCAGGUUGAGCCUGGCCAAUACAUCAACCUCUGGAUGCCAGCGGUCAGUUUGUGGUCAUGGACCCAAACACAUCCCUUCACCGUCACAUCUUGGUCCAAGGGGAAACAGGACACCCUGAAGUUACUCGUGCAACCUCGAAAAGGCUUCUCUGCAAAUCUCGUACGUCGUGGUGCCCUGCCCACAGAUAGCUUGAUAUCAUUCUUGGCCUUAUUCACCGGGCCUCAUGGAAUAACCGAGGACGUGGAUUCGUACGAAACCACUCUGAUCAUUGCGACCGAGUUCGGCAUCGUGACAUCGAUUCCAUAUCUCAAGAAAAUCAUUUAUGGCUACAAUACAUGUACGUCCCAUACUCGUCGCCUUCAUCUAGUCUGGCAGGUAGAUUCAAUCGGUGUGUGCAUUUACUAUGAUCCCUUCUUAGACCCAAGCUAA